UAUGAAUUGAUUAAAGGAUUAGGACGAGCUUUGUGAAUACUGCAUUACCUGUUAACUACUCGGACUGAGGACUGUAUGAAUGCCUCUCCACCUCACAAGCUUCGGUUUGAAUUAAGGCCAAGCUGCCUAACCUCGUUUAGCGACCCAAUUUGAUUAAGAGGAAAUUUAACUUUCUUGUAAUGCUAAUUUAAAGCGUUUAUAAGAUGAAUCGUGCGCGAAACUGAGCAUCGAUGCUCGGCUGAAGAAUCACGGCAGCCUCUGGGCGGGAGGAGGGGAGCCAUUCCAGAUUAGGAAAAUUAAGCGAGCCCACAGCUUGCGCUGCUGGGUUCCAAUUUCAACCUGUCCCCUCGGACUGUCUCCUGACGAUAUCAGAAGCUUUUGUAGCAUAUCCAAUCAAAUCACACCGCAAACAUGUCCUCCAACGUCUCCGCCGACCUCAUCUGGGCUAUUGUCCGCGACAACCACCGCUACCUCUCCAAGAGCCGUCGCAACGGUGGUGCUCAGUUCUCCAGCGAUCCCCUUAACUUGACCAACAAGAACACCCGCAAGCACGCUGGUUUUGUCAACGACAAGGCUGUCGGUGUUAUCCCCAACGAGAAGGGUGGUGUUACCGUUCUCAGCAAGACCACCAAGAACGCCAACAAGCCCGCUAAGGCUGUUGCUUCUACCACUCUUGGUGGAAACAAGAGCGCCCGCAAGAGCUACAAGGCUGUUGCCAACCAGACCGCCCGUGCUGGUUACCGCGCUGACCUCCGCAGCCACGCCGUUGAGCGUGUUUCUGCCAUCCGCCGCACCCAGGGUACCCCCAAGGCUGACUACGAGGUCAAGCUCCGUGGCAACAAGGCCAAGAAGGCCGCUGAGUCUGCUUAAAUGCACCUCUUCGACAGGAUUGAUGGGAUACAGGCGCUGAAAGGGCGAAAACAAGAAAUAGGAAUUUGAUGCAAUGUGCUUGUCAGAAGCAGAAUAGCUUAUAUGCAAACACAGGGCUGAUCAAAAUACACCCUUUGGGAGAUGCGGUGUUGUUCAUGUGGAAUCAUCCGAUAAACGCAACCAUCUUUAAAGGGUAGGUACCGACUUUCUAGUCAAAAUCAAUAAAAUGAUAUGGCUCUAAACAGAGCCGCCGUUACCCAG